ACUCUAUACCAUACUAAUCUAUAUAUUGUAUGUCAGUGUAGAUUUAGAGACUUACCAGUUCAUUUUUCUUUUCACCAUUGACACUUUCGUCCAAACUUCAAAGGAGUUUCUAAGAGAAACUAAUAUGGAAGAUCGUUGCUUGAUCAAGAAUGAUGUAACUGAAUUGAUUGGUAACACACCAAUGGUGUACCUGAACAAAGUUGUUGACGGUUGCGUAGCCCGAAUAGCCGCCAAGCUUGAGAUGAUGGAGCCUUGCUCUAGCGUUAAAGACAGAAUCGCUUAUAGUAUGAUCAAAGAUGCAGAAGACAAAGGAUUGAUUACUCCUGGAAAGAGUACAUUAAUUGAGCCAACAGCUGGUAACACUGGGAUAGGACUAGCCUGCAUAGGUGCUGCAAGAGGCUAUAAAGUGAUACUUCUGAUGCCUUCAACGAUGAGUUUGGAGAGGAGAAUCAUUCUAAAAGCAUUAGGUGCAGAGCUUCAUCUCACAGAUGUGAAGAUAGGCAUUAAAGGAAUGUUGGAGAAAUCUGAAGAGAUAUUGAGCAAAACUCCUGGUGGUUUUAUUCCACAACAGUUUGAAAAUCCUGCAAACCCUGAGAUUCAUUACCGAACCACUGGUCCGGAGAUAUGGAGAGAUUCAGCAGGGAAAGUAGAUAUAUUGGUGGCUGGUGUUGGAACUGGUGGAACUGUUAGUGGUGUAGGGAAGUUUCUCAAGGAGAUGAAUAAAGACAUUAAGGUUUUUGCAGUUGAACCUGUAGAGAGUGCAAUACUAAGCGGAGGAGAACCAGGUCCACAUCUAAUCCAGGGAAUUGGUUCUGGUAUCAUCCCAACCAAUUUGGAUUUAAGCAUUGUUGAUGAGGUCAUUCAAGUGAAAGGUGAGGAAGCUAUUGAAACAGCCAAGCUUCUUGCUCUUAAAGAAGGAUUGUUGGUGGGAAUAUCCUCUGGAGCUGCAGCAGCGGCUGCGUUAAGGGUUGCAAAGCGGCCAGAAAACGCAGGGAAACUCAUUGUGGUGGUUUUUCCCAGUGGAGGAGAGCGUUAUCUGUCGACUAAACUGUUUGAUUCUGUAAGGUUUGAUGCAGAGAAUUUGCCGACUGAAUUGUAGCAUGGUUGUUACAGUUUGAUUAUUCCUGGCCACUGUAAAAUCUAUGGAUGUUACAUAUUCAAUGAUCAAUAACUGAGUGGCAUGGAUUGUUGUUUCUGUUUGUGUAAAAUAAAGAAAGAUUAUAAAGUGAUAUUUUGUAACGUAUUCAACAAGGAACCUAGAGAGGAGAAAUCUUCCCAAGUGAAUGAGAACCUAAAGCAGAUUACUAUG